ACCGACAUUCUUCGCAUUUGCAAAUGGCGAGCGUCGUGCUGACGUUGCCGCCUCUGGCCGCGGUCAUCUUUGGCUACCAAUUUGGCGUCUACGAAGACGUCCGAUAUCGCUUUCUUGAGGCAAAUGUCUUUACCAAGGACACGUUGGUGACAGCAGAUCGCUGGCUCCAGAACAGGUAUGUCUUUCCGCCCACCUUUCGGCCGCUGCGGAGCGACGACGACGCUCUGAUCACGAGCAUACCUGGCUUUAAGCUCGGCUUGGCGCGCGACGGUUCAUAUGACGCUCGGUUCCCGCUGCACUUGGCCAUCUACGAAGGCGACAUCGAUGCUGUGCGGCGGAUUCUGGCCUGCCGCCCGGACCUUGCGUUCGCCGAAGCCAUCGAGACAGCGUUUCUGUACAACCGCCUCGCAAUCGCGUCGUAUCUCAUGGACCAGCGGCGCUACCUUCCACAGCUCUGUCAACGCUUCGAGCCGCUGAGAGGGGAUGCAGCGUACGAGCCAUGUCUUCUCGGCCGGAGGCUGCCGUGGUCGUGCAUUCCGCAUGCGGACGUCCGCCUUGUCCAGCUACUGCGAACGUACACGACGAUCGGGUGGAAGCCACGCGUUCUAAAGCGCGCGGUGGCUGCUGGGAAGAGCGUGCUGGCCGAUUACCUCUGCACGCACGUGCCCGAGACGUACUACCCUGGGUUCGUCGACGACGUGGCUGCGGCGGGACUGCUCCCGCUACUGCAGACGCUCCCUGCCCGCGGCUUUGCGUACUCGAGCAACACGAUCACGCGCGCUGCAGCAGACGGUCGUCUCGACGUUAUCCAAUUCCUUGUAGAGCUCGGCGUCGCUGCGACCUCGCACGCGCUCACACGGGCCGCCGCCAACGGCCACGUCCGCGUUGCCGCCUACUUGCUCGACGUCCUCGCGUCCAGCGAUGCCGACGUCGAUGCCGCCUUUGCUGCUGCGAUACAGCGUACACACUUUGACGUGGCAGCGACGCUCGUCCAUCGAGCGACCGUGCAACCAAAUGUUGUUCUCGCUGCGCUACAAGAGCGCAACAUCAACGGCGCGCGCUGGCUACUCGCGCACGGGUUUCCCUUGGAAGCGGCGGCCAUCGAUGCGUCUCUACUUGGCGCCAACGCGUACUACCCGAUGCCGCUUCUCUUGCUCUUGCACGAGUGUGGCAUUGCGCUCCGCGCCGAGUGGAUGCCCAGUCAGGCGGCGUACACCGCUGCAAUCGCGUGCUUGGAGGCACAUUGCCGUCGACCCUAAUCCCUAAUCCAUCAUCUAGCGUAACGCCUACACAACUAGAUCGGAAUGCACAAGACAUAUCUUCUCAGUGUAAGGCGUCAUCGAGGUACGAGAGCAC